UGUCAAGGUGACACCAGGAGCAGUCGUAUGUCUUGAGGCAGACUACCAGGGAGAAAUAACCAUAGGGGCUCGCACUGUCAUCCAUCCAAAGGCACGUAUUAUAGCAGAAGCUGGACCUAUUAUCAUUGGUGAAGGCAACUUGAUAGAGGAGCAAGCCCAAAUAAUCAACAGGUUGCCGGAAGGUACUGAGCCUGGAGAAGAACCACAGGUUAUGGUCAUUGGCAACAGUAAUGUAUUUGAGGUCGAUAGCUAUUGCCAGGCAACUAAAGUAGGAGACAACAAUGUUUUAGAAGCUAAGAGUCAUGUUGGUGCAGGAGUAGAGCUGACACGAGGAUGCGUCAUAGGAUCUCUGUGUUCAAUCACAUGCCCGCAGGUGGUUUCUGAGAAUACAGUGAUUUAUGGUGACGAGCUGCAUAGACGAAACCAGUCUGAGAAACCUGCACCUCAGGGUCUUCAAUUGGACUUCCUGAUGAAGAUCCUUCCCAACUAUCACCAUCUUAUCAAACCUAAGAAAAAAGUUGCAGUAUGAUUCCAUUCCUCUCGAGGAUAGAGAUUAAAGCUUUAAAUUUUGCGACUGAUUGUUCUCAUAUUAUUGUAGGGUGGAUAUGAGUUGCCUAUGUAAUACACUCACUUGCUGUAUAUUAUUCAUUUUUUUUACACUACUUUUUGUAUAAUGGUAAUAUUUAAUUGCUAUGCAGAUGGCUUGCUUUUUUUAGCUUCAAGUAGCCUGAGAUGUACUUCCAUCAGUUUUAUAGGUAAGGUUGUGUUUUUGACAGAUACUGUCUCAAAACUACCACUUUACUUAUGGCUUUCAUUUUAGCUAAAGCAGUAUAAAAUAUUAGGAUGUGAAAAGCUCAUAUGCUGUAUCCUUUGUGAAUUUUGUUCUUAUUUCGUUGAACACAUACAACAGGACAGAGUACAUCUGUAUAAUAUGCACAUUGUUCAAAAUAAAACAUGUACUAAAAGAAAGACCAUUGUUCAUAUUUGG